GACGGUGGACUAGAGCUGCUACAGUGUUGCAGUGUGCGCUUCCGCAUUGACUACAUAUUGUACUGUCAGUGCGGGAGAAUGAAUAACUCAAAAUGUAGCAUUUUUCAGAAACCAAGGAGACCUUCACGGAUUAUACAAUGCAUUUAUGUGGUUGGAUUCAUGGACCUAUUUGGGGUCAGCAUGAUCAUCCCUCUCCUGAGUCAUCACGUGAAGUCUCUUGGAGCCAGUCCCACUGUCGCCGGUAUCGUAGGUUCCACUUAUGGAAUCUUACAACUGUUCUCCAGCACGGUCGUGGGCAGCUGGAGUGAUGUGGUGGGCCGGCGCAACUCUCUCCUCACCUGCCUGCUGCUCAGUGCCCUGGGCUAUGCCCUGCUGGGCCUGUCCUCCAGCAUCGCCCUCUUCGUGCUGGCGCGCAUCCCCGUGGGGCUCUUCAAACACUCACUGUCCAUCUGCCGGGCGCUGUUGUCGGACCUGGUGUCUGAGACGGAUCGGCCACUGGUCAUGGGUCACUUUAACGCGGCCUCCAGUGUGGGCUUCAUCCUGGGGCCCAUGGUGGGGGGCUACCUCACCGAACACGAGGGCGGCUUCUACACCUCCUCCUUUGUCUGCGCUGCUAUCUUCCUCCUCAACUCCGGCCUAGUUUGGAUGUUACCAUGGAGUGAGGUGCCAAUCCUCCGCACAGACACGAACGCCAACAGCAGCCCCAGCUCCAAGCGGGCCUACGACGGGGUGAAGAACAGCCAGCAGAACUGUUCAGACGGGAACAACCACCUCUGUCACUCGCACAACCACCACUCCCACCCCGCCUCUCCUGUCUCCUCCCCGGCGGCCCGUGACAGGAGGUGGCUCUGGAGGGAGGUGUCCCUGCUUCAGCCGGCGUGGCGUCAGCUCUCCUCCAUGGUGGCGCGCAUCCGUCACGUGGCCUCGUCCGACAUGUGGGACGUGUUCCUGGUGCGCCUGCUGAUGGCCGUGUCCAUCAUGCUCUACUACAGCAACUUCUCGCUGGCAAUGGAGGAGCGCUUCCAGCUCAAGCCCAAGGUGACCGGCUACCUGAUCAGCUACAGCAGCAUGCUGGGUGCCCUGGCCGGCUGUCUGGUGGGGCCCGUCACACAGCUCUACGGCCAGGACAUGUCGGCGCUGCUGCUGCACUCCACCGUGCUGACCGGCUCGCUCAUCUUCCUGUACGCCACGGCGCCCAGCGUCUGGCAGGUGCUGCUCACCUCCACCUUCUUCGCCAUCUCCACCACCAUCGGCCGGACGUGCAUCACCGACCUGGAGCUGAGGCGCGGCGGCGCCCAGGCCAGCGGCACGCUCAUCGGCGCCGGCCAGUCGGUGACGGCGGUGGGCCGUGUGCUGGCACCACUUAUCUCGGGCCUGGCCCAGGAGCUGAGCCCCUGUGGGCCGCCCAGCCUGGGCGUGGUGCUGGCUCUGGCCGCCGUGGGCCUCCUGCUGGCGCGGAUACCCAAGUGGGACAGCAAGGGAAGAACCAAGGACAAGAGCCCCAAGCUAUGAGAUCCGAGCGUGGGGGUGUGUGUGUGUGUGUUUGUGUGCCUUACAGGUGGCAUGGAUACAUGGGGUAGCUCCCAGAGAGGAGUCCAUUCUGGCAGCAGCAGCUGGCAGCAGCGUUGGUUGGACUUAAUGUAUGUUGUUGUGUUGUGAUGGACAUUAUUCCAGGGUCAGCGAUGAGGGGGGUCCCGCUGCCUGUCACUGGUUUCGUCUGAGUGACGACGUCAAUGUGCUGAUGCAAAAAGGUGUGGCUACCUCCUCUUUUGCAACUGGCAGUGAAGGCCUGAUGCAGCACAGGCAAACAGGGGACAACAACAACCCAGACCAGAGUCUUGGGUUCUGUGCCAGAGCGUCACGGCACAGGGUUUUACAAGCAGGUAAUUGAUUUAAGUAAUAAGAGGACAUUUCCCUAAAAUGGGUUGGCAUUAAGAGAAACAUUCCUAUGAAUUCCAUUCCAUGUUUUAUUUUAACCACUUUUAAUCCUAAAGUUUACAGGUAGCAGGCACAGUAAAGCCCCGAGACUGAAAUCCACAACAUUUUUCCAGAAUAACCUCUAAACUAAAUGGGAUAUGUCUUUACCCAAUGGCACUGUUUUGUAAUGGACUUUUGCAUUCUGUAAAAUGUUUGGUAAGGUUAUAUUCAGACAGAAAAUGUUACUAUUUUAUUGAUUUGCUAAUAAUGUAUCAAUACCAAAGCCUAUUUAUUACUUGAUUUGGUUUGUGCCUAUGAAUGAAGUAAUGAGAAUUUAAUUAUUCAUUUCAAAUGAGCAAUGAAAUCAUUGAAAAACCAAGUGCGCUGUCAUAAAUAAAUUAUUCCAGUUUGACGAUGGAAAAUAAAGUUUCACACACUAA